AUGACUGAGGAGUUGACGACACUGUGGGGCAAACUGACGUUGAUGGAGGAGGAGGAUGUGCGAUUGGGGAUUUCUGAGAAUGGGAUUGCACCAUUGGUGGACAGAGGCAACGCGUGUGUGGUUGGGAAACUGUUGGCUGAUAGAACAGUGGGAAAAGAGAUAGUGAAGACGCCAUUGCUACGUGCGUGGCAACCAACUGGUAGGGUUUCUUUCAAAACUUUGGGGCCAAAUCUUUUCCUCAUUGAUUUUGAACAUGAAUGGGAUAAAUCCCGAAUAAUGGAGGGUAGACCAUGGACGUUUGAUGGGCAUUUAGUCUCUUUACUGGACUUUGAUGGGAUAACCCCACCUUCUCAAUUGCAUUUUGAGAAGGCGGCAUUUUGGAUUCGCAUGUAUAAUUUGCCUCUGGCGUGCAUGGGGAAGGCGAUUGGGCAACAGAUUGGAGCAUCGGUUGGUGAGGUGGAAGAGGUGGAUGUCGACGAAGAUGGAGUAGGGUGGGGCGAAUAUCUUAGAGUGCGAGUCACUCUAGACCUAGCAAAGCCUUUAUCCCGGGGGAGAACUAUCACACUUCGGAACAAUACACUUUGGGUUCCUUUUCAGUACGAAAAGAUCCCAAAGUACUGUUUCAGGUGUGGUGUCAUCAGGCAUGGUACCAGGGGGUGUGUACGGGUAGGAGGACAGCGGGCAUAUGGAAGAGAGACGGAGCCUGAGUUUGGGCCGUGGCUUAGAGUCCCCUCACCGAACAGACGACGGGGAACAGGUGGAGGAUGGAAUCAUGGCGGAAAGUGGGGACGCAAUCAACCAGAGAAUUUUUUCGAAGGAGAUCGUCAACACCAGCAAUGGAGACACAUGGGGGAUGUCGGUGGAGGUGUUGGGGCUGAACACGGCGGUGGGUCAGCUGGAACAGCCACAACGCCGGUGAAGGGAGGGAGUAAUAAUGUAUCCCGGAAUUCCAGCCUAUCUCCUUCCAAAAGAGGUAGCGGGAAUAAGGGAGCAUUAAAGGAGAAAGAAAGGGUAGUUAUGGGAGGAGCAGAUCUUGCGCAAACUGUUAUGGGACGACUUUAUGGAGAUAUUAGCAGUAAUAAUGGAGAAGGGGAAGGAAGGGGAGAGUCAAAAGGAGGAAAAGUUAGUGAGGAAAUUAAUUGUAAUAAAGGAAAAAAUAUUUACGUUGGGCAAUGGGAUACCAUAAAAGAAAAAAUGGUAUGGGAUUCCUUGGACAAAGUCAAUGGUGUGCAAUUUAUAAGGGAGAUUUCAAGUGGUGAUAAGCUGGCAGGGAAAGCAAAUCGGGUUGUGACAUCUGUGCAACAUGAAGAGGGCAAUGGGCUCUUUACUUUUGGAAGCAAAUCAACGUACCCAAGUGGGCAUGCAGAUGAGUCUCCAAUGGUAAACACACGUUAUGGGAAAAAACGUGGGAAAAAAACAGAUUUGGGCCGAGCUGGUGAUGGGGAAAAUUCUAGAAAGCGAAAAAUUCAUGGGGAGAACACAGAGGUGGACAGCUUGCAAGGAAAGCGCAACAGGUAUGCGGAUUCACCUGGCGAGGGAGACAAUGAAGUGGCGGUGGCUGCGGAGCAGCCCCGCCAUCAAAUAUGA